GAGCCAGGCGGGGGCACGUGAUUUGCCGGCGACUGGUGUGCGGGACACCGGCCACAGUCUGUGGGUUCCCGUCUGCCGCGUUACCCGGACUGAAUUCUCCCAUUGGACUGCAGUUACUUUAUGAUAAUGGACUUGAUCUAUUUGCAACUCGCCCCACCCCCAACUGCUGCAACUACUCUCCCCAGAUUCUUAAACUGGAAUCUGAAGUCAGGAAGGAACUUGGAUGAACCACUUAGUUUGAUUAACCUCAGUUUUUCAAUCUGUAAAAUGAGGAGAAGUAAUAAUGGGGUCCCCUGAAGAGCUGCCAUGUCUGGGAAUCCUGCGUCUUCCUCAGAACAGAACAACAACAGCUAUGAAACCAAAACAAAUCUCCGAAUGUCAGAAAAGAAAUGCUCGUGGGCGUCCUACAUGACCAAUUCCCCGACCCUCAUCGUUAUGAUUGGCUUACCGGCCCGGGGCAAAACCUACGUGUCCAAGAAACUCACACGCUACCUCAACUGGAUUGGGGUGCCCACCAAAGUGUUUAACCUUGGGGUGUAUCGGCGUGAAGCGGUCAAGUCCUAUAAGUCCUACGACUUCUUCCGGCACGACAACGAGGAGGCCAUGAAGAUCCGCAAACAGUGCGCCCUGGUGGCACUGGAAGACGUUAAGGCGUAUCUCACCGAGGACAACGGGCAGAUUGCGGUGUUCGAUGCUACCAAUACCACUCGAGAGAGGAGGGACUUGAUUUUGAACUUCGCUGAGGAGAAUUCCUUCAAGGUGUUCUUUGUGGAAUCUGUCUGCGAUGAUCCUGAUGUCAUUGCUGCCAACAUCCUGGAGGUAAAGGUGUCGAGUCCUGACUACCCUGAAAGGAACAGGGAGAAUGUGAUGGAGGACUUCCUAAAGAGAAUUGAGUGCUACAAGGUCACCUAUCAACCCCUUGACCCAGACAACUAUGACAAGGAUCUUUCUUUCAUCAAGGUGAUAAAUGUGGGCCAGCGAUUUCUGGUGAACAAAGUCCAGGACUACAUCCAGAGCAAGAUCGUCUACUACCUCAUGAAUAUCCACGUCCAGCCCCGCACCAUUUACCUGUGCCGGCACGGAGAGAGCGAGUUCAAUCUCCUGGGGAAGAUUGGGGGUGACUCAGGGCUCUCGGUUCGGGGAAAGCAGUUUGCCCAGGCUCUAAGGAAGUUUCUGGAGGAACAGGAGAUAGCAGAUCUCAAAGUGUGGACGAGCCAGUUGAAGAGGACUAUCCAGACCGCUGAAUCUCUGGGGGUGACCUAUGAGCAGUGGAAGAUUCUGAAUGAGAUUGAUGCUGGUGUGUGCGAGGAGAUGACCUACGCGGAGAUCGAGGAGCAGUACCCAGAUGAGUUUGCGCUUCGGGAUGAAGAGAAAUACCUGUAUCGGUACCCUGGAGGGGAGUCCUACCAGGACCUGGUGCAGCGGCUGGAGCCUGUCAUCAUGGAGCUGGAGCGCCAGGGCAAUGUCCUCGUCAUCUCCCACCAGGCUGUCAUGCGCUGCCUCCUGGCCUACUUCUUGGAUAAGGGUGCAGAUGAGCUGCCAUACCUGAGGUGUCCUCUCCACACCAUCUUCAAACUCACUCCUGUGGCCUACGGGUGCAAAGUAGAAACAAUUAAACUCAAUGUGGAGGCUGUGAACACUCACCGGGACAAGCCAACUAACAACCUCCCCAAGAACCAAACCCCUGUAAGGAUGAGAAGGAACAGCUUUACGCCUCUGUCCAGUUCGAAUACAAUAAGGCGUCCAAGAAAUUACAGUGUUGGGAGCCGGCCCCUCAAGCCCCUCAGCCCUCUUCGUGCCCUGGACAUGCAAGAAGGGGCCGACCAGCCGAAGACCCAAGUCAGCAUUCCGGCAGUGACCUCGCUGGCUGUGCAUAGGCUCUCCUCUCCGGCAUCCCACACAUUGCUCUCCUGAUGAUGUGGAGGCUGAGGCCAGACCUCUCCGGGGGACUGGGGGCUACCGAAAAGCUUGGCAUGUCAGCUCUGCAGGGGCUUGAACAGGAAGCUAAGUGGGGAUUGGACAUUCGGGGCCACCCAAAUGAGGCCUGGAGAAGCUUCACUACCCUUCUUCCCAACAUGCCUAAUGGGAAUAUUGGUGACGCUGGCAAACUUAACUUCCCUGUGCCUCAAAACUUUUCACAGCCUGAACUGAUUCAUUUUGAUAAUCUCUUUGCUGAGUUUGGCCCAAGUGGGCCAAUCCUGUUCUGUUUCGGCAUUUAACAUCUGACCUGUGACUGUAUCCCUAGCUGGCCCUGCUUUGCCUUCUGUGCAAACGCACCUCUUCAGAGUUCAUUGCUUCCAAGUGAGAGGGCUGAAUGUCAGCCAGCCUUUUCUGGGCUGUCAGAGCUGGUCUCUGCAGCCACUCCAAGUGUGCAGGCUAGGGUACAACAGACUUGUUAGCAGUCACUCUGUUUGGUCAUAUGGGAAACAAGAGACGCAUUCACCAGGUGAAUGGAGGGUAUCUGAGAAAUUCAGUCCCAGAAAAUGUCUCUUCUGCAGUGAUGGAAGAGCAGCAUCAGUAGCAACCUUUUUGUUGAGAGAUGUUUUCCUCGUUCCAGGCCCCUCGAGGGCAGGAUCUGAUGGCAAGACUCCCCAAAAUGGGUCCUGAUCUUCUGAGUUCUCUUUUGCAGCUACUGUUAAUUUUUUAAUUACCAGUUUUUUUUUUUUUUUUAAACUAGUUCCUGUGUGCCUCUCAUAGCUCAAGAGGGCUAAUGUCAUCCUCUCUGGUGGUUGGGAAUGCAGGCUGGAGAGAAAAGGGUGCCGUUAGGAUCGUGCGAAGAAGUAAGGGAGGUUCCUUGGAAAUCACCUCUACCAGGGCAUUCUCUCGGCUUCAGAGCAGGUUCAGGGAGACUUGCCCAUCUGUGGGGUCUGCUACUGUGAUGUGGUCUCUAAGAAAGCUGUGGCUAGGGCUGCAAGAACAGUUGGUCUUCUGAUGCCUGCUCUUAGCUGGUGGUCGCUGUGGUGGUUUACUGGUGUCUCAGGCAGAUCCUGGGGGGAAUGGGGAGGUGGGGGAGCCAGGCCCUCAGUGCAUUCAUCCUGUGGUUUCCCUUAAAGAUAAACCAGAUAAUUAUUUAUUCCCUAGAUCAGUAAUUGUCAAACGUACAGAUCCAUCCCUGAGAUGUGAUUUGAAUAUGUCACCACUCCUGAAGGAGGGCAUGGAAGCUCCAGAGAAUACAAUAUCUUAGAAGCAAAAUUCGCCCCCCACCUCCCUUAGCUUAAGUUUUUUUCCGCUUUUCAUUCAGAUGCUCACUUGCUGGGCAAGAGGGUGAGUGGCAUGAAAAAAUGAAAUGCAGCUUUUCCCAAAUGGUUUUUUUUAAAUACUGUGGAUGAUAGAGGGAUCUGUUACCUAAGAUGUGAUGUGCUGGGCUGCAGGCAGUUCAGCAUCCAGAAACCAGGAGCCUGUUUUAAACGCACAAAGCUGCCUUCAGAAAGGCUCUUGUCUCUGCUCUGUAGCAAGUCAUUUUCAUCUGGCUGCUCCUAGCAUGUUGUACUGUAAUGAUUUUGUUUCUUGUGAUGCAGGUUUCUUUCUGCAUCUAAAUACACUGUCUUUUGAUGAUCCUAUAAUGUUUUUAUUUAGUUAUUUAUUCAUCCAUGUAAGGUAUUUUUAAGUCCCCAUAUUAGUGUCUGCAUGUAUUUAAUCAGAAUGUAAGGUUAUUUGUGUGGUCAGUUUUUGUUUUGUUUUGUUUUUUUGAUAGAAAUUUAGGUAGUUUGAGUAUUUAAGUUGAAUGUCCAUAGUAUUACCUUAAAUUAAAAUUUCAGUAUGUAGGUGUCUGUCUUAUAUAAAAGAAUAAUAAUUAUGUUAAGGCAUAGUAGACUUCUUUUGAACACUUUUUUUUUUCGUUGAUUUUUAUUAUAAGUAUAAACCAAGAGAUGCAUUUCUCUGGAGAAGAGUUUAUCUCCUGGAUAAAUAAAAUCAUGCUAAAAUUUGUGAGUAAUAUGUAUUGCUUUUGUAAUGAGAACUACAAUAAAAAUUAUUUUUAAUUUAAAAA